AUGGAGGGAGUCCAACUUCCUUCAAUUUUUAAUAAAAGAAUUAAUCUAGGUAUACACCAAGAAGACUAUGAAGCUUUUGGAGAACUAUUUAAAACUUAUAAUAUUCCAAUAUACCCAUCCCAAGAUGAAAUCAAAAACCAUUACCUAAAUCUAAGCUCUGACUACGAGUUAAAAGAUUCUUUAAAACAAGGUAGCUUUGGUGUAGUUAGCAAACUAGAGCAUAUAGGUUUUGGCUUUCUCGUAGCAGUUAAACAAAUAGAAUACCGCGAAGAUAUGGAUAAAACAAUAAAUGAAGAAAUUGCAAUUUUAGAAAAUCUAAAACAUAAAAACAUAGUUAAAUGUUUUGGACACCAUAAAAAUAAAAAUUAUUUUAUAUUUUUAGAAUAUCAUGAAAAAUCGAUUGCAGAUAGGUAUAGGGACGAAAAACCAUUUACAGAAACCGAGUGCAUAGCUAUAGUAAAAAGAUUAUUAAAGGCUUUAAAGUAUCUUCAUUCGAAAGGUAUAAUCCAUAGAGAUUUAAAAGGAGCAAAUAUACUAUUAAACAAUAAAAAUAAACCCAUAAUCAUUGAUUUUGGUUUAUCUUAUAAACUCCCAACUCAAGGUUCACAAUUUCCCUCCAGGGGAAUUGGCACAAAAGGUUGGCAAGCUCCAGAACUUCUCAGAUAUGAAAGCAAAUGUGGAAAACCCGUGGACAUUUGGGGUUUAGGUUGUGUAAUAAUUGAAAUGCUAAAAAAGAAAAACCCACAUGGAAACCAAGAAUCAGAUUAUAAUAAACCUCCACCAUACCCGGAAAAUAUCAAGAUGGGGGUUAAUUUAAAAAAUUUUUUAGACAGGUGCCUACAAAUAAAUCCAUCUGAAAGAGCUACAAUAGAUGAAUUAUUAAAUCAUGCUUGGAUUACAAACAAAGAUGGGGAUUCAGUGGUUUGGUACGAAUCAACAACUGGCUACAACAUACCUGAAUGGUUAAUUAGAAACGUAUUGCAAUGA